CCUCCCUUCUCUCUUUUUGUAGGCAGGCUCUGAGGGGCAGACGGCGGGAGAGCUGUACCAGCGCUGGGAACGGUACCGCAGGGAGUGCCAGGCGACACUGGAGGCCGCGGCACCCCCAGCAGGCCUCGCCUGUAACGGGUCCUUUGAUAUGUACGUCUGCUGGGACCACACUGCACCCAAUGCCACUGCCCGUGCGUCCUGCCCCUGGUACCUGCCCUGGAACCGCCACGUGGCUGCAGGCUUUGUCCUCCGCCAUUGUGGCAGUGAUGGUCAAUGGGGACCUUGGAGAGACCAUUCUCAGUGCGAGAACCCAGAGAAGAAUGGGGUUUUUCAGGACCAAAGGCUGAGCUUGGAGCGGCUGCAGGUUGUGUACACCGUGGGCUACUCCCUGUCGCUUGCCACACUGCUGCUCGCCUUGCUCAUCUUGAGUUUCUUCAGGCGGCUGCGCUGCACUCGCAACUACAUCCACAUCAACCUGUUCACGUCUUUCAUGCUGCGGGCAGCAGCCAUCCUCACCCGAGACCGUCUGCUUCCUCCGCCUGGCCCCCACCCUGGGGAUCAGGCUCCUAUCCUGUGGGACCAGGCCCUAGCUGCCUGUCGCACGGCCCAGAUCUUGACCCAGUACUGCGUGGGUGCCAACUACACGUGGCUGCUGGUGGAGGGCAUCUACCUGCACAGCCUCCUGGUGCUUGUGGGAGGCUCCGAGGAGGGCCACUUCCGCUGCUACAUGCUCCUCGGCUGGGGGGCCCCCGCGCUUUUCGUCAUUCCUUGGGUGAUCGUCAGGUACCUGUACGAGAACACGCAGUGCUGGGAGCGGAACGAUAUCAAGGGCAUUUGGUGGAUCAUAAGGACCCCUAUCCUGCUAACCAUCUUGAUUAAUUUUCUCAUCUUUAUCCGCAUCCUUGGCAUCCUCGCGUCAAAGCUGAGGACGCAACAGAUGCGCUGCCCGGACUACCGACUGAGGCUGGCUCGCUCCACGCUGACGCUGGUGCCCCUGCUGGGCGUCCACGAGGUGGUGUUUGCUCCCGUGACUGAGGAACAGGCCCGGGGUGCCCUGCGCUUGGCCAAGCUCAGCUUUGAGAUCUUCCUCAGUUCUUUCCAGGGCUUUCUGGUCAGCGUCCUCUACUGCUUCAUCAACAAGGAGGUGCAGUCGGAGAUCCGGCGGGGCUGGCACCGCUGCCGCCUGCGCCACAGACUCGGCGAGGAGCCGUGCCAACCCCCCGAGCGCGCCUUCCGGACCCUGCCCGCGGGUUCCGGCCCCGGCCAGGUCGCCGCCGGCCGCGCUCUGUGCUCGAGGACACUCCCAGGUCCUGGGGGUGAGGCCAGCCAUGUCUCAGAAAGUUACUGCUAGGCAGCGGGAUUCUUGGGUCCAUUCAGUUAGCACGUAUUUAUUGAGCGCUUGCUGUGUACCAGGCCUGGUGUGGAGAGCGCUGGGGAAA